AUGUAUACCUUCAUCACUACUUUAGUAGUCUUCCUCACAGCUUGGAACUCUGUCAAUGGAUUUAUGCAUCAGUGUCUUCGAAGUUUCAAUUCUGUACCAUCAGACGCACGACACAUAGAUUGUCAGGUCGGCAUCGGAAGACAUUUCUCAUGUGAAAUAGAUAAUUGUUGGGUAUCAGAGUCACCAGCCCGAGGAGAUACCAAAUAUAAUAUACUUGAUCACAUCACUUUCAAGAAUUGUCACAAAUACAAGGCUGAAUUUGGGAAUUCUAAGCAAGAGAAAUCUGAAGUUAGUGUUCAGGCUGUGGCUUAUUGGGGAUUCGAUUGGAAAGAUCAUCUUAAUGUGAUUGGGCAUGAGGUUGGGAAAGAGCCUCCAAAAAACCAACCACUGCCAGGAUAUAGGUGUUAUGAUUUGGAAUCGCCACUUGCGCAGUGCCGAUCUGACAAUUGCAAGCUAGUAGAAAAGCCUAAAGAUCAGUGA